GUGACGUCGAACGGCACUGUGCAAAGGAGCAGCAGCAUGGGGGGCGGUGAGAUUGAGUCAUAUGUGCAGGACUUCAUGGUGAUCAAGCACGACCCUCUCGAGGAAGAGAUGAACCUCCAGCGACAGACGGAGCGACUCCUUGACCGAUGGCACGGCCUCGUUCUCAAAGGACGCAGAACUUCAAACGCCGACAACAUCGACUCGGUUGAAGCGCGCAUCCAGCGCAACAUCCAUCGCCACGAGAAGAUGCUAGUGUGGCUCGGCUCCAUGGAGCGCGAUCUGCAGCAUGAGGCUGUCGCGUAUGAAGACGCGUGCGCGAUGGCAUCGUCGGACCACCCAAGUCGCUUCCCCACCGCGACUGUAGUUGACGAAAGCGAGCGCAUUUUGAAGCAAAUCGACGCCCUGCUCAUGGAUCGACAGGAAUGGGAACUUUCAGCGUCGCUGUCUUCGUUGGACAUGUCCGCCACACCAACCGCGAUGCAAUCCCCCCUCUUCAUGGCGUAGAUAUAUUCACGUUCGUCGUCGCCAACUAUUUAUAAGACGAGAAUGUCGUAGUGUAUCGCCAUGCUGCAUAAUACCGUGUGAGAAAAGUGUCAUUGACUUCUUCGUUGGAUGACGAUGGGUGG